AUGGAUCAGCAAAAAGUAAAUGGUAUUCUACGAGUAGACACAGUGAAGAAGAUAGGUUGCUGGGCGAAAUUCAAAAGCCUCUUCGACGAUAGAGGCUUUGAUUUAGAGUACGAAUAUAAUAACGGUCACACUACAAAUAUACCGAGGGUCCAAACCGAUGCGGAAGAGUACAGACGAUUGGGAGACAGGAGUUCUAUAAGUACAAACGAGAGUAUAGUCAAUAUAGAUGGGGAAUUGAGCGGAGUGAUUAACUUUUAUGAGCAGUUCGCGGCUAUUAGUGAUGAAGUCAAAGAGGAGAGCGCUGAAUUGUGGAGGCGGUCUCUUGCAAGACGAAGAGUGUCAACGAGACCCAGCGUGUUGUUGACUAACAUACUCGAGGAGACCGCUGAUAACGAAAGCGAUAAGGUUGAAGUGAACAGAUCACCGCCGCCUGCACAAAUACCCUCAUCUUUGUUCUAUGCACCACCCGAACCUUUAGAGUUACUAUGCGUGUUCCCGGAGCGAGCGUCGCGCGUAUGCGCGGCCGCUUGCAACGCCGUCGCACGCGCAGGCGGCGAAGCGCGCGCAGUGAGGAGCGCAAGGGAAGCGCUGGACGCAUUCCGACGCGAUUUGGACACUCGAAUCCCGCACGUGGUCGUCGUAGACGCCCGGCAGCCGCAAAUAAUGGACGCUACGUUGUUGGCUAGAGCUGUGCGAGGCUUAAAAAACACACAGCACACCGUUCUUAUAGCCGUUGUUAAAAAAAGCACUUACCUAAAGGACGACUUUGCAGUUCUACCAUUUUUAGAAGCUGGCUUCAAUAGAGUAAUGGUAGAAACGUUAGGAUCGACCGCAUGGUGUGCCGAAGUGCUGCAAGCGAGGUCGGCGGCGGCAUCUGCGCGGGCGCAGGUGGCAGCUGUAACCGCGCUGGCAGCGGCAGCAGACCGCUGCAGAGAUCUAGUCGCCGUCACAGAUGAUCAACAGAGGGUGCUUCUCACAAACAAAUCCUGGUGUCGCGUGGUGGGUUGGCGACCUGAUGAAGGUCCCAGACCGUUCGCGGAGACCAUCGGUGGUGAAGGGUUGCGUCUGGCUACCAGUGGGGCAAGGGACUGGGACGCACCAGUCAUGCUCAGGCGGCGAGCAUCUCCCGAUCCAGUUCUUUUAGCGUGUAAAGGUGCAGCUGUAUCUCUUACAAGAAGUACCUCGCACAUUGUGUUCGUUUGUGAACCCAGUAAUAUCCCAGACGUUGAACGAGGGAGAGGGUCUCUCCACUCCAUCAGACGUGGUUCCUUGGAUGUACGCUCUGUGGCUUCGGAUGGGCUGAGACGAACCUCCCUAGCUAAACUUCAAGGGUUGCCUUUAGAAGCUCCUAUUACUAAGGUGAUAUCUCUCUUGUCUACGGCUACUGAGGGGGCUCCACCAUCAACGGUCGCGUGUAUAGAGCGUGCUGUGGACAUGCUAAGGACCUCAGAACUGUACUCGCCGCAGAUGAGAGAAGACCCCAAGUUACGCGCAGAAGACCCCAUCGCUACGGAUCUAAUUGGGGCUUUGCUUUCGGGCACUUCAAACGUACUUUCGUCUCGUCGCAGUAGCAACGACUCUACCGUAGUACGGUCGCAGACUAACAGGACGAAUAUCAAACACAAGCAAUUGCAGACGUCGGGCCAACUUCGUGAAAUAUUAGACACGUCUCUUAGUUGGGAAUUCGAGAUAUUCCGACUCGAAGACCUGACCCGCGGAAGACCACUCACGCACUUGGGGCUGACGCUGAUGGGUGGAAGGUUUGACGUUUGCGCUGCCCUGGAGUGCGACGAGAGGACGCUGCUGCACUGGCUCACCAUUAUUGAGACUAACUACCACGCGGUCAAUACUUACCACAACAGCACGCACGCUGCUGAUGUGCUGCAGGCCGUCGCCUUUUUCCUAGAAAAGGACAGAUUGAAAAACCUCCUAGAGCCGUUGGAAGCAGCAGCUGCUUUAAUUUCCGCUGCCGCUCAUGACAUAGACCACCCCGGAACGUCUUCCGCUUUCCUCUGUAACUCACGGCACUCGCUCGCUAUUCUAUACAAUGACGUCAGCGUGCUGGAGUCGCAUCACGCUGCACUUACAUUCAAAUUGACUCUGAACGACGACCGCGUGAACAUAUUCAAGAAUCUCGACCGCGAUACCUACAAGAAUGUCCGUCACAACGUGAUAGACAUGAUCCUGGCGACGGAAAUGACAAAACACUUCGAGCACUUGGCAAAAUUCGUCAACGUCUUCUACGCUAAGUCCACGGGCAGCAAGGAAGACGGAAUGCAUACUGAUGAACCCUUGUCAUUAGACACCACAGCUUUGACGUCACAGGAAAAUGUGAUUCUUGUUAAGCGUAUGAUGAUCAAGUGUGCUGAUGUCUCCAAUGCAUCCAGACCUCAAAAGUUUGCAUUUGAAUGGGCCAGAAGGAUAGCUGAAGAGUACUUCCUACAAACUGAUGAGGAGAAGGCGAAAGACCUUCCCGUGGUUAUGCCGAUGUUCGACCGCGCCUCUUGCUCCAUUCCGCGGUCGCAGAUCGGUUUCAUCGACUACAUCAUAAUCGAUAUGAUGGAAGCUUGGGCUGCGUUCAUCGACAUGCCAGAACUGGUGACACACGCUCGCAACAACCACCAACGUUGGCGAGAGCUGGACGAAGCUGGUGUAACAACCAUAGCUGAUGUGAAGCGCGCUCAACGUCAAGGACUACCCUCAUCCACCUCGCAACCCACUGCGGAGGAGUGA